AUGCAUCUGCAUGUGGUGCUAUCUGCCCAGGGCCGCUACGCUCAGAAGCUGCUGAACACGCUGAUGGAGAAUUAUACUAAAGCUCUGAGGCCUGUGGAAGACACGGACAAGGCUCUCAAUGUUACAUUGCAGAUUACACUCUCGCAGAUCAAAGAUAUGCAAGAUGAGAGAAAUCAGGUGCUGACCACAUACUUAUGGGUGCGGCAGGUCUGGCAUGAUGCGUACUUACGCUGGGAUAAAGAUGAGUAUGAUGGCCUGGAGGUCAUCCGCAUCCCUAGCAACCUGGUCUGGAGACCUGACAUUGUCCUUUACAACAACGCCGAUGAAGAAGACUCAUCAGGCCCUCCUGACACUAAUGUAGUGUUACGGUACACGGGUGAGCUCACAUGGGAUGCUCCUGCAAUCACAAAGAGCACAUGUGUGGUGGAUGUCUCCUACUUCCCCUUCGACAGCCAGCAGUGCAACCUUACUUUUGGCUCCUGGACCUACAACGGCAACCAGGUGGACAUCAACAUGGGUGGAAUGGAGGGUGGUGACCUCUCAGACUUUGUGGAGAAUGUAGAAUGGGAAUGUCAUGGCAUGCCAGCGGUCAGGAAUGUAAUCAUGUAUGGCUGCUGCUCAGACCCAUACCCAGACAUCACCUACACAGUGCUGCUGAAACGCCGCUCCUCAUUCUAUAUCUACAACCUGCUCCUGCCCUGCUUUCUGAUCUCCUUCCUGGCUCCACUUGGCUUCUAUCUCCCAGCUGACUCUGGAGAGAAGGUCUCACUUGGAGUCACAGUGCUUCUAGCCCUUACUGUCUUCCAGAUGAUGGUGGCUGAAAGCAUGCCACCAUCUGAGAGUGUGCCACUCAUUGGUAAGUACUACAUAGCAACGAUGACAAUGAUUACAGCCUCCACCUCAUUGACAAUCUUCAUCAUGAACAUUCACUUUUGUGGUGCCGAAGCCAAACCGGUGCCCAACUGGGCCAAAGUCCUAAUUAUUGACUACAUGGCGAAGAUUUUCUUUGUGUAUGAAGUAGGAGAGAACUGCACUACUCCUCAAAGUGAACGUGGCCCACCGUUUGUAGAGGACCCACUGGCUAGUCUUGAAAAUUAUGACUAUUUCUCCACCGGUUUUUACAGCAAUCAUCUACAUGAUGGGCCUGUUAAUCAGUAUAACAGGUAUAAUAACUGUGGCAGAGAUUGUCACUAUGCCAGAAAUCACCAGUCAAAUGGCUACCAUUUCAACGCCCUGCAUAUGGCACCUAUACCACCACAGUUCUCAUCGAGACAGAAAAUACACCAGCCGAAUUACAUACACCACAUUGGGCGAGAUGGUAACGCGGUUAACCUGAAGGAAGGGAAACUGAGGCAAAGUGAUCUCUCUAUUCCUGAAAAACUCAAUGGGUACACGUAUGAGCAUAGCACCAGCGAGUACACCAAACCAUACACGAUGGAAGACUACAGUAAAAAGACAAGCACAGAAGAGUGCACAUGUAUGUGUGCUCAGCACCAAAAAGUGGUGCAGAACAUUGAGUACAUCGCCAAUUGCUUUCGGGAACAAAGGUCAAACCAGGCCAAAGGAGCAGAGUGGAAGAAGGUUGCUAAGGUAAUGGACAGGUUUUUCAUGUGGGUGUUCUUCAUCAUGGUCUUUCUCAUGAGCAUCCUCAUCAUGGCCAAGGCAUCCUGAGAUCAGUUGAUACGAGUUGUGUCCACAUAUUGAAUGAAGACUGGAGUCAUGUUUACAGACAUCCAUUCCAAAGAAGAUUAAAACGAUAAAGUAGAAAGUG